AUGUCGAAGCUGUCGGUUCCUCUCGGGCGCCGCUUGUUUGCUUCAGUAUUCGAACCAUCAUUGCCAGCCCCGUGCUUCCAUAGCCCUGCGAGACUCGCCGUCGCUGGCUUCCGUGCUGGCCAGGCAACAAAUCACACACCUAAAUACUCGAGUCGACGACCGAUACAUACCGAGCGCCCCUCUGCACAGUCGUCCGGUCCGAACGGAGCCUUCACGAAGAGAAGUUUUACGAGCAGUGGUCUGCUCCUAGUCGGCCUGACCACCAAUGCUUCCACUUCUAUUCCAUCAGGCGCGGUAGCAACGCCUGGCAAUGUCGUGUCUGAGGCACCAUCGACUGGGCUGUCUAGAAACGCCCAGAUUCAGCAACUCGCGCGCCUCGCAUGGCGAAGGAGUCUAUAUACCGACGCCAGGAGAGGCGCCCGCGUCGAGGGCAAGAGGUACAGCAGCUCGAAGAGCGACAGUAAGGACGUCGACAGCAAAAAAAGCGGCGCAUCGCAGCCUUUGAAGCACGAUACACCCAAGCCGCCCGAUCCCAAUAAGCCGGUCAACCCCGAACACCAUCAUGAUGACCCCGAGUCUAUCGCUACGACCAUGUCGAAAUACCUACACAUGCCCAAGAUGCCGCACAGGCCAACGAGAGAGGAGCUGCUGGCCGCGGCUAAUGGGUUCUGGGAACGAUUCGGCGUUCGCUUCAAGUGGGCGUCCAUCAGGAGCAUGCGACCCUGGAAUAUUGACGAGUGGGGGGCCUUUGUCUCCUGGUUCCUCUUUGGGCACCUGGUCUGGAUCCUCGUCGGUACCACGACCUUUGUCUCACUUUGCAUCCUGUCUAUUAAUACAGUGGUUGCUCAGGAAACUCUCGCUCGCUGGGUAGGCGAUUCCCUGACCGAAUCAGCCGGCGUCACGGUCGUCUUCGAGUCGGCUAUUGUUCCCAAAUGGAACGACGGCGUCAUCUCUUUCCGCAACGUCUUUGUGUCCCGACGACCCGGGCAGAUCAAGUCCUCUGUGAGCAAGGGAUCAUCUACCAGCGCUGCUGCGGUCGCAGCCGCCGGACGUCAGCACGAACAUGAUGCCGAAGCGACGCCUGAAGAUGACGGCAACUACACGCAAUUCGACGUAACCAUCGCCAACGUCAAUGUCACGCUGUCCUUCCUCAAGUGGUGGAACGGCAAGGGCUUCCUCCAGGAUGUCGAGGUAAAGGGUGUGCGUGGUGUCGUAGAUCGUACAUCAGUUCACUGGUCCGACGAGCCCGUGGACCCCCUCUCCUAUCGACACGAGCACCAACCGGGCGAUUUCGAAAUCGACUCGUUCAAGCUCGAGGACGUCCUAGUGACGGUUCAUCAGCCAGGGGGGUUCCGCCCCUUCUCUGUGAGCAUCUUCUCGGCUGAGUUGCCGCAACUUCGGAAACGUUGGCUCUUCUACGACUUCCUCUCUGCGACGCACAUGUCAGGAUCGUAUGAUGGCUCCCUGUUCACUAUUCACCCUCGACAAGUGCAUGGUGCCAUGGCAGGCGACAACCGCGACCUUGUGGAGAGCCUGGGCGACGAGAAUGUAUGGAAAAAGUUUAGCCGUCUCCGUAUCGAUGGCAUGAAGCUCGACCACCUGAACCGUGGCGUCGACGGACCCUUUGGCUGGAUCUACGAGGGCAAUGUCGACAUUGUCGCUGACGUCAUGUUCCCGGUCGACGCCGACGAGGGUAUCACAAAAGUCAUGUCUGACUUUUACGACCAGCUCGAAGAGAUUGUCAUCUCAAACCGCCUGCGCCUGCUCCAGAAGGACAUUGCGUCAGAUCCCCUCACACCCGCCGACAGCCAAAACAGCACCGGCUCGUGGUUCAACAUGGCCACGACCAACUCCUCAACGCCAGGGGACCAGUCCUCCGCGAACGCCGGCGAAGCCGAAGAAGACGACCGCCGCUACCUGAUCAUGGAUCUCCGCAUCCACAUGAACGACGUCAAGGCCGCCGUGCCCCUCUUCACGAACCAAAUGUCCUACAUCAACCAGGCCCUCGUCCGCCCCAUCGUCGCCUACAUCAACGCCAAGAAGACGUACAUUCCCAUCUCCUGCCGCAUCGUCAAGCGCGCCUCCGACUUUGACGGCUCUUGGACCGUCUUCGACUGCGGUCUCAUGGACGACCUGUCUGCCGAGACGUACGAGGCCUUUGCCCGCGACGUCGAGAACCAGCAGAGCCGCGUCCGCCGGUUCCGCAAGGUCGGCUUCUGGACACUCAGCCUGGCCGUGCAUGCCCUCUUCAUGGGCAUGGCCGGGAAUGUUGUCUGA